GCUUUUCUCAUUUUUGACAUCAAUAUUUGAUCGAAGGAUGUUUCAUAACUGAAUUCGUACCUGCCCAAACAAAUAUUUGAACAUGAUAAUUUAUUCAUUUUAACCAAAAGUAGCGAACGAACUUUAAUACAGUCCAUUUUUUCAAAUUUUAAGAGAAGAUAGAAUUACAAAAUUUUCAGUGUCAAAACAAAGAAUAUUAAAUAUUUUGCUGUCGGAUAUGGAUAGUUUUGUUGGUAAGUCUCUCAUUAACAGAGAUGGGGAGAGAUUCAGUGCUGUUGAAGUUCUGGAAACUAAACAAGUUUUUAUACUCCUUUUCGCUUCUUCCAGCUGUAAGGGUAUUAAGGAUCUCAUAGACUUGCUGAAAGACAUUUACAAAGAAGCAUUCAAGCACCGUUGCGGAUUUGAAAUAAUAUUAAUAUCUUCAGAAAAGACCGCUACUGACUUCGAUUAUUUCUUUCGACGGAUGUGUGGACCUUGGUAUGCUAUCCCAUUCGAAGAUCUAAUGAAAACAGAUUCUCAAGCUGAGGAGCUCCGUAUGAAAUUUGGAAUUUCGCACAUACCAUUUAUAGUGGUAGUAAAACCAGAUGGAAGUUAUAUUUCACGAAAUGCAUUGAAUGAUCUGGAAACCAUGGGACUGAACGUCAUUGUAGCUUGGAGCGAAUGAAUUGUGAUGGAUGUUGAAAUUGGAGAUGUAGUAACCAUAGGAGAAUGCAGACCUCUAUCAAAAACUGUGAGGUUCAAUGUAUUGAAGGUUACAAAAGGCAGUAGCUCUAAGAAGAGUUUCAAGAAAUUUUAGAAACUUGUUAAAAUAAAAUCGUAAAAAACA